AUGGAACAGGCGAUUGCAGACGAGUUAGGGGUGGAUAGUCGAGCACAUUCCCUGUGCAUCCAUUGGACGAGUGGAAUAAAUAAGAAGAUAGAAACUACGGUGGUGGAUAGGCUGAGCAUAUCGCAGACAGGUAGCGGAAGAAAAUUCCAGCUAUCUGAAAUAUAUACAGUCGACAACCUAGGGCUACCGGAACAAUCGCUGGACUUUGAGCAGUUAGCAAAGAAGUUCCAGCAUUUGCGACAUCUACCGGUCACAAGUUUCCAGAGAGUCGUUCCUGGACUGCUGAUUGGGUUGAGUAACUCACACUUGUUGACCACAACGAAGCUUCGCGAAGAAAAUGAGGAUGAACCGAUCGCUGCGAAGACUCGUAUCGGCUGGGUCAUAUGUGGCCGCGUACGAGGGGGAGAAAACAAUUUCCUGCAUCGUCAAAUGCACAUCUGUGCGGAUUCGACUGAACGCGAUCUUCACGACUACGUGCAGGAGUUUUUCUCGAUAGAAAGCCUAGGAGUUGCUGUAGCUCCUAACGUGGAAAGAGCCGAUGACCAACGGGCACGAAGAAUACUUGAAGAAACGACAGCUCGGACAGAAAACGGAAGGUUCGAAACCGGGCUAAUCUGGGCGCAAGACGACAUCAAUUUCCCGGAUAGUAAACCGAUGGCCGAGCGUCGAUGGAGAUGCCUGGAGAAACGACUUGAGAAGGAUCCUCAGUUAUACGACAGCGUACGACAGCAGGUGGCAGAUUUUGAAUCGAAGGGCUACAUCCACGUAGUAACCGAGAAAGAAAUGGCAGAAUUUGAUCCUCGGCGCAUCUGGUACCUUCCGUUAGGCGUGGUACAGAAUCCAAACAAGCCAGGACGGAUACGAGUUAUCUGGGACGCGGCCGCAAAGGUGAACGGUGUGUCGCUGAAUACGAUGCUCCUGAAGGGUCCGGAUCUAUUGACGCCACAGUUACAUGUUACGUUCAUGUUCCGUGAAAGGGAAGUUGCCUUUUCCGGCGAUAUCCAAGAAAUGUUCUUGCAGCUCGGAGUUAGGAAGAGUGACCAAAGCGCACUGUUGUUCGUUUUUCGUAAAUCUUCCGGCAAACCGUUAAUCACGAUUGCGUGCAAUGUCGCUAUCUUCGGAACGACUUGUUCUCCGGCGCAGUCGCAGUAUGUGAAAAACCUGAAUGCAACGGAGAAUGAGCGAGAAUUCCCUAAGGCGGCAGCGGCUAUCAAGGAGAAGCACUACGUCGAUGAUUACCUCGACAGUGUCGACACUGAAGAAGAGGCCUUAAAAUUGGCGUUGGAAGUAGCUGAAGUUCACCGAAAAGCAGGUUUUCGUAUACGCAACUGGGUUUCAAAUCGACCAUCAGUCCUGGAAGCCAUCGGUGAAGUGCGCCCCGCUGAGGUGAAGGAGCUUACAAUGAACAGCCAUAGCGGGUUGGAACGCGUUCUUGGUUUAUCCUGGCUGACGACCGAGGAUGUGUUCUGCUUUAAGUUUAAUCUGCAAGAUGAUCUGAAGUCGCUCGUAGAAGGGAACAUUGUGCCGAAGAAAAGAAUGAUGCUGAGCUUUGUGAUGAAAAUCUACGACCCCUUGGGGCUGGUCGGUUCACUAGUAAUCCAAGGAAAGAUCCUGUUGCAGGACCAUUGGUUGCAAGUUCUAAAGGAGCUGGACAACGUCCGAAUUCCCCGAUGCUACUUUCCAGGAUAUGAUCCUGCCUGUUACGAAGACCUGGAGCUUCACAUUUUUGUAGACGGCAGUGAGCAAGCCUACUCUGCAGCAGCGUACUUUCGUGUUCGAGAUCAAGGACAAAUUCGAUGCACCCUGGUUUCCUCCAAGACGAAGGUAGCUCCACUACAGCAAACGUCAGUUCCUCGACUAGAGUUGCAGGCAGCUGUAAUUGGUGCCCGCUUACGGAAGACUAUCGAAGAUGGCCACUUGGUACAAGUCAAACGCACGAACUUCUGGAGCGAUUCCAGCACCGUUAUCUCAUGGAUCAAGUCAGAUAUUCGCCGAUAUCGCCAGUACGUGGCGUUAAGAGCCAACGAGAUCCUAUCCCUGUCGAAAACCGAUGAAUGGUGGUGGCUGGGAACUAAAAUAAACGUGUCAGCGACGCCACGAAGUGGAUAUAAAGGCCCGAACUGCAAGCUCGACAGCCGAUGGAUGCGUGGACCCGCCUUUCUGUAA